UCUUCAGUCGAUAGUUUACGGCCCCGCCCGUUCAUGACAUUGAUGGCUCUGAUGUUUCGAGUUCCUAAUAUGGCGUCUUGCGCCCACGCCCGUUCCAUUACCCUGCGUUGGGGCAUACCUUACCCUUACCUACUAGCAAUUCCGAAAGUCAUCCAUCAUCCGCGCUCUGCACCUACUGAAUGCACUUGCUGCACUUUCUCUCUUCCUCUCUGCGCUUUCCAACCUCUUCUCGAACGACUUGACGAUCUGGCGGUGUUUGUCUGCCUCUAUCGUCCAUCGACUCACCCUUCCCUCCAUGACCCACUUGUCUCUCCUUAAGCCACUCUUCAAGUGGCCUUGAAAGUAAUAAUCUAUAUCUUUCAUGCCGAUUCGAACUUCCAUCAUCUCCAGCAACUGGUCAAUGCGAUAAUAUUCAGGAUCGAUCAACCCGGCGACUAUGGCUUCUGUGCUUUCGGUUCACUCGCAAAGCCCCUUCAAGCGUUCCUUCAGUGACAAUGUUUAUGUCCACACGAUAUCUCCCUUAACCACAAGCUCCUUCGAUUCUCUGCAAGACAUCACUCCCAACAAUGCUUCGACGUGCUCUCUCUUCUCCGUCGCCACCAUUGAGUCCUUGCAGCAUGGAAUAUGGCUCCAAGGCAAAGAGAGCCUGCCCCCUUUUGCCCCUACCUCACAGCUCGACAUAAGUCUUGACAAGGAGAUUUUUGUUACGGACAGUAGAUCAUUAGAUCACUUUCCUCUGAAACGUACAGGUGCCAUCAGUCGAAAACGACCUUCUUUCUCGCGGACAGAGCUACCUUCAGAGCCCCACUUGAAGAAGAGGAGGGACAGCAAGCAGAUCACGAUAGUCCCCGUCCAUGAAGACUUGAGCACGCCAAGUUCCGAGAAUAUUGACCAAUGUGGAGGAGACACUGAACUUCUCGACCUGUACGAAGCUAUUCACGUCCCGUUACCCGAAGAUCAUACCCAUAACAUCUACGAAAGCGAGCCGGAAUCUGACACCCAAGAUUCGGACGACGAGACCCCAGCUGUCGAAGCCACACAGUCGCUGUCGUUUCGACGAUGGAUGAGCACAUUGAGACGCCGAAAGGUCGGCCACCAGGAUGAGCCCAUAACCACAAAGCCGCGUUUGUCCAUUGAUGUCGCCUGCAAUAAUGAAGCCCCGCCCAAGCGCAAACGUUCAGACUCUGUGUCGUCGUCUCUGAAUUAUGUUACGGCUAUGAAAACUGCUUCAAUUACGAUAGCAAGUGCAAGUAUAGCACCACGCUCAGACUGCGGCUUUCAUACUAAAUUUCGACUGGGGAACCGGGAAAGCGGUGCAUCGGAAGCAAGGCGAUCAAUCGACAACAGUCCGGUGACACUUGGACCCAUCAUUGACGAAGGUGCCUGGCUUCGUUCGAUCCAACGACGCAAGAUUGUUGAGGAGAUCAUUUCCUCUGAGGAAAGUUAUAUAGGAGAUUUGAAGGUCCUGAUCAAUGAUUACUUCAUGAUACUCACCUCUGUCCCCACCUUAUCAAAUCACCAACGAGCAUCCAUUCAACACAAUAUCUCUCAGAUUCUUCAACUGCAUCAAGAACUUCUUGCAGAUCUUCAUAGGGUUGUGCCCAACGCGGAAUACACCCAAAGCGCGCAACAAGAUCCAUAUCCAGUCACUAGAGCUAAACAUAUUCGAUUCCACAGUGCUGAUUUGACUACCCGUUUCACGGAGCAUAAAAUCACACGGAAAUUGCGUCAUUCUUUGGACAUUGGGAGGUCUCCCGAUCACAGACCUCGUGCCCUUGCGACCGACACCAAGACUGCGGGUGAGAUUGCAAAAAUAUUCAACAAACAUAUGAGACGAUUCUUUACAUACGAAGAGUACGGUGCACACUGGACGACCAUGUCUCAAGAUCUAACCUCCACGUGUAAAGGACUUCAAGGGUGGUUCGAAUACGAGCGGGGUGUUGAAGCAUUAUCGAAACUGGUAUCGUCAGUGAACAACAGAGAAGUGAGCAGCAAGAAGGCAUUGUCAUUCUCAGACCUCCUUAUCAAGCCCAUCCAGAGAGUCUGCAAAUAUCCACUCCUGUUUGGCGACCUUUGCCGACACACUCCCGUCUACGACGACCCUGAGGCCCAUGCUGAACUGGAGAAGACUCUGUUUCGAUUUCAAGAGACGAUUAGAGAAGUCAACAAAGCGAAAGACGAUCCGAAGGCUCGAAAGCUAAUUGAAAUUUCUUGGCUACUUCAAGAUCGGCUACUCUUUCGCGACCAGACACUUUCUCGGGCUGUUGUUUUCAGAUUGCUCGGCCAUGUCUUAGCCUGCGGAGUACUCCAUGUAACGUACCAGUCGCCAGAGCGCACCAAGGGUGCUUAUAUGCUUUGCUGUUUGUACAAGUCCUGCCUCGUCCUCGCAACUACGAGUCGUCUUUUCACACCCUACGAUGUCGUUGCUACCAUCACGCUUGCCAACGCAACAAUUGAAGAGCCCGAUAAUGGCAGAGGUCUACAAUGUUACACUGCACCACACACGUGGAAGCUCACAUUUGAACAUGGUCAUAGAUUACAUGAGAUCAUCCUAAGUGCAUGUUCAGGACCGGAAGAAGAAGCGUGGAAAUCUCAACUACGUGAACGAAUCGCAAGCGAGACUACCGAUCUGACGGAGGGCCACUCCACUACGCAAGAUAUGUUUUCAUCUUUAUCGCUUGAUAUCAAAUCUAUCGGGCCAGUAUUUGGCCAUGCAGAUAAUCUAGUGCGGCGAAUGUCGGUUCAUCGAGCGGCCACACUGGGCGCAAAGAUGAAUGUGACGCAGGUUGUGAUCAAGAACACCCACAUACAAAAGGCAAUUCAGCCUACGCCAUCAUUCCCACCUACUCAGGUAUCCCGUUCGCAGUCACACAUGUCUGCAAGCCAUGUUCCCAUCCUAGCUCCAAGGCGUGCCGAGAGAAUACGCCUUGAGUCAGCACUAGAAGACGUCUGGACAAAAGAUGUGGUACCAUUCCCAGGGAUGGGAAGUCGGAGGGAGAAUCAAAUUCGAGCUUCGGCAAACUCAGUCAUGCGAAAAUUGAGCAUGGUCAGUAUAGCGAGCAAUUUCUCACGCCGGUCACCAAGCUUUUCGAGCUUGAGCAUGUCGCGCUCGGAUGAGUCCUUUGGGAGCAGGGCAUCAAAGAGAUCGCAGGGAAACCUAAGAGCACGAUCGGCGGCAGAGCGACGUCCUGCGCCGGUAGUGGUAGACUUCCACAAUGCUCCGGCGGCGUUCCUACCUACAGACUUCGGACUUGGGGACAUGGGUACUUCGAGUCGGCAGCGGCGCCUGGGAAAUCGUGCCGCAAGCUUCCAACAAUCGACAGAGACGAGUAUGUCUGCGAGACCCAAACACAUGCGACGUUUCUCUGCACAGAUUAUCACGCUCCCGCGCACAGAUCCCAGUUCCCGCAUAGACGUCCGGGUUUCGACUGCUCCGAAUACCUCGAGCUCGGCAACGGCGCAACCUACAAAGACACGGGUGAACUUUGGUAGCCUUCAGGAGAAUGAAAAGGUUGCCGCCAGUGAAGCACGACAGCAGGAGGCUACUCCCAAGAAGUCGUCCAGUAUAACAUCUCAUAAGAGAUAUCUGAAGACAAAAAGCAAGAUGUUCAAGUUUUGGCUGUAGAGCUAGAAGUCCCAGAGGGGGGCUAGGGUGUUUUGAUUGCAACAAUCAGCAUUUGGGUCACUGUGUGGUUUGGAUGGGUAUUAGGAUCA